UAUUUGCUCCUGGUUUAAUUUUUCGUUAAAGAAAAAAAAUGUAUAUGUAUUUCACAUGGAGUAUUUUAAAUAGGGCUAGUACCUUCCUGCUGGAGAAGAUAAAAAAUAUAUAUGUGCCUGUUCCCAGCCUUGCCGGGCUCUACACUCCUCCCCAGUGUCCCAGGAUCCGCGCCAGCCCCUGCCCAGGCCAAGGGGACUCGAGCGACAAGGGCCGCAGCUGGGAGCCCCUCGGCCCUCAAGUGGAACAGUGUGAGGGAGACAGAAGCACCCCCAGAAUUAGCAAAGCCACUGUCAAGCACACUUGCAACCAUGCCCAAGAGAAAGGCAAAAGGAGAUGUUAAAGGUGACAAAGCGAAGGGGAAGGAUGAGCCACAGAGGAGAUCUGCACGGUGGUCUGCCAAACCUGCCCCUCCAAAACCAGAGCCCAGGCCUAAAAAGGCUCUGGCAAAGAAGGGAGAGAAGCUGCCCAGAGGGAAAAAGGGACAAACAGAUGCUGGCAAGGAUGGGAACAACCCUGCCAAAAACAGAGAUACCUCCACAGUCCAGGCACAGAAAGCAGAAGGCACUGGAGAAUCCAAGUGAAGUGUACAUUUUUGAUAGCUUUGUACUUCUAGUGACUCUGCUGUUUGAAAUACUGUUUUUUUUUUUUUUUAAAUCAAAUUUUAUAAAAAUGUAGAAAUUUGGUUUACCUUUUUGUUGUUGUUAUGUUAGUAUGCAGAAUACUUCAUAUUUCUUAUGUAGAAAGGUCAAAUACCACUAACAGAAUGUCUCAGAAGACAGACUGAAAUGGGGAAAAAUAGGAUUUUCUGUCCUGGAUUUUGAAGAUUUUUCUUGGU